AUGAAAAGAAAAAUUGUACUUUUCUUACCUCCUCUCCAGUACUGCUUUUCUGAUGUGAGGUCUUUGAUUAUUUGGUUCAGAGAUAAAGAGCAUCGUUUACAGUUACAUGACAGUAUUUCACUUCUGUCUUUUCUGCAGGUGUCAGAUAUUCAUAUCAGCAGAUUCCGGGAUCCCAAACGAGCUCCUGACUUCGAAAAAUUCUGUUCUGAAACAAUUGAUAUCAUUCGGCCAGCACUUGUCCUCGCAACAGGUGACUUGACAGAUGCUAAGACAAGAGAUAAAUUGGGGUCUGAGCAGGUAGAAGUAGAGUGGCAAACUUACCAGUCGAUCCUGAAAAGAUCAAGGGUCAUGGAAAAAACCAAGUGGAUAGACAUCAAGGGGAAUCAUGAUUCAUUCAACAUUCCACACCUGGAUAGCAUUCAGAAUUACUACAGGAAAUACUCUGCCUGGCGUAAAGAUGGCUCUUUCCAUUACGUCCACACCACGUCUUUUGGAAACUAUUCCUUCAUCUGCGUAGAUGCUACCCCCAGCCCAGGACCUAAGAGGCCCUACAAUUUCUUUGGGAUUUUAAACAUGAAUCAAAUGAGAGAGCUGUCUUUGAUGGCAACAGAAAGUCUCCACAGCAAUCAUACUGUCUGGUUUGGCCAUUAUCCCACUUCCACAAUCAUCUCUCCAGCUCCAGGAAUAAGAACCUUAAUGAGUUCUGCCACAGCCUAUUUAUGUGGGCAUUUCCAUACACUGGGUGGGCUGAUGCCAGCCUUGCACAGUCAACACCGUCAUGGCACUCUGGAACUGGAGUUGGGAGACUGGAUGGAUAGCAGGAGGUACCGGAUCCUUGUGUUUGAUCAUGACCUCCUUAGCUUUGCAGAUCUUAACUUUGAAGAAUGGCCUGCAAUUCUCAUCACCAAUCCUAAAUCCUUCCUUUAUAGCAGCGCUGCUCAUGAACCAUUAGAAAAAAUUAUUUACUCCACCCAUAUCAGAAUUCUGGCCUUCUCGCCUUCUUUCAUUACCUCUGUCAAAGUCUAUAUAGAUGGAAUUCACUUGGGGAGUGCUCAGCAGGCAUCUGGCCCUCUUUACGUACUGAAGUGGAGCCCACAAAACUACAGUGAGGGAUUCCAUCACAUAGAUGUGACCGUUGAGGAUGCCUCAGGAAGAAUUAGCACUCGGGGCCAUAUAUUUGCUAUGGAAGAAAAACUCUCUCUUAGAUUUGGCUUUUGGCCAUCUGUUAUUCUCCUUACUGACCACUAUGUUCUGGCUCGUGUGCUCUUUGGGCUGAUUGUGUUGAUUCAGAUUGCCUUGCUCGUUAUCUUCAGACACCUCCAAAAACCUGCACUCAAAGAACGGCCAGGAUUACUGAGUCUGACCUCAUAUUCCCUUCAUAUCUUCAGUAAAACAAAUACCUUCUAUUACUCAAUUCUGGUUCUGAAUUUAUACACCAUUCUAGGACCAUGGUUUGUAGGUGAACUGAUAGAUGGCCAGGUGGGGGCCUGUUUUUCCUUUGGGGUAUUUGUUGGUGGUCACUUCUUACAGGGCAGUCUGACAUUUGUUGUUGGGAUUUUACAGAUGCUGUUUUUCAACCUGCCUUUGAUGGCCUACCUCUGCUGGUGCCUGUUGCUGCGGUGCCGGGGUUAUAGCUUCCGUUCUCACAUCCAGCACGUCCGACGCCUCUUGGUCAUGCUGGUUCACCUGACGAUGGCACUUCUGCUGGUCUGGCAGGUCUAUUCUUGCUAUUUCCUGCAGCGAACCUAUGGGACCCUGGCUUUCUUCCUCUCCCCAAUGAGAACAUGGCUGGUGGCACUGACCUCAGCUCUGAUUUAUAAAACCUGGACACUGAACUCUUCUGAGCUCAGAACUUACAUAGUAGAAAUUAAAAACUGUCAGAGCUCCUGAAGAAGUCUAAAUGUGCAGAGUUCUUUGACUUAAAACUGUGAAGCCACAACCUAUAGGUUUUUGUUGCUGAAAUCCCAUAAAACCCAACCAUUAAAUGGUAAGAUCUGAAGCGGUAUCUGAAUUGAUACA